UCGUGACAGCGAAAGACGUUAGUCAGUCUCUUGGCACCGAACGUUGAGAUUCGUGUUUCAUCUGCGUCAUUCAAUUUGAAUAAAAUAGUGAUUGAUUAGCAAAAAUAUAGCUUAAUCUUAAACAAAAAAAAAUUCUCAAACGAGUACAAAUUCUCCAAAAUGGCGAUGUUUCACGAACGCUACCAAUGUCCUUUGGCUUUGGUGAUCACUUUCUUGGCAUUUGGAGUCGUAGCCGGUGUCGUAGCUUUCAUUGUUGCAUCACCAUGUAGAGAUGACUGGCCUGUGGAUGAAAUCUCGACGAAUGCAACAGAAGAAUACAUUGACACUACCGUUGGCUCUGUACGUGUGGAAUCAAGACGCCCGAGACCACCAUUUCGGCUUAUGGAGGAUUCCGUACUACGACGCAAUGAUCCUCAUAAUAGGAUACCCGUAUUCUAAGUACAGGAAAUACUACAAGAAAGGCUACAAUGUGAUAUGGGCUAAUUCAGAAAGGUUGGAACAUUUAUCAGAUAAUUUUAAUGAUGAUAACUUUUUCUAUAAGAGUCAUACCAAAUCUGAUUACAUCAAUAUCAUGAAUUUAUUUGGCACUCCUAAGGCUAAGAAAGUCAUACAAAAGAUUGAAAAUGAACGGUCCCUCACAAAUCAAGAAUUUCUGACUACCUCCUCUCAAUUUCAAAAUACAUUGAAACUUCACCCAGUAACUGAGAUGCAGAAAAACCUGAAAAAUCAAGAUAAAGAAACGAUUCUCACCAAGAAUGGAAAUCUGACUGUAAGUGAAUCAACCAUGAUUCAAGAUUCCAGAACUUCUGAGAAACAGCAAUGAUGAAAGAUGACAAAGUAAAAUUACAGAAUUAAUACGAUAUAUUAAUAAAAGAACUUAUUUCUGAAAUGAUUAAAAAUUGAGUUAAUCUUUUUCUUCUGUUGGUUGUAAUGAACAGUACUGGUUUUAGACCUACUCUUAAACCUUUGGAUCUGGCAAUGAUAUAAUCCAUUUAAACAAAUAUAAUGGAUAACUGAUUUGAGUCAUGAGUUUUCACAUGCUAAUGUCAACAUUACCAUUUUGUUUGAACUUAGGAGCACAUAUAGUGUGAGAAUUCUUCAGCUAUGUAAUUUUCUUCAAUUAAAAUUAAAAUAGUUA